UCCGCCCGCCGCCUUCCACUCCGCCCCUGGCGGAGGAAGUGAGAUCAGAGGCCCCAUGUGAGCGGAUUGCAACACAUGCAGCUGCCUGGAGAGAGGGAGCCGGUGUCCUACGUCAGAGCCGCCGCCGCCGCGGAGCCGCCGCCGGGGAGGAGCAGCCGCUACCGCCCAGGACUGGGCCCUUAGGGAGGAGGAGGCGAGAAGAUGGCGGACGACCCCAGUGCUGCCGAUAGGAACGUGGAGAUCUGGAAGAUCAAGAAGCUCAUUAAGAGCUUGGAGGCGGCCCGCGGGUGAGCGCCGCGUCCGGCACCCCCGUGCCCUCUUGGAUCCGGGACCCCUCAGGAUGGCCGCCCCCGCGCCGCAUGGCCGGAUGAGGAGAACCCGGCACUAGCCAACUCCCGCCUUCUGGACCUCUGGCAAUGGCACGAGCAUGAUAUCGCUGAUCAUUCCUCCAAAAGACCAGAUUUCACGAGUGGCAAAAAUGUUAGCAGACGAGUUUGGAACUGCAUCUAACAUUAAGUCACGAGUAAACCGCCUUUCAGUCCUGGGGGCCAUCACAUCUGUACAACAGAGACUCAAACUUUAUAACAAAGUACCUCCAAAUGGUCUGGUUGUUUACUGUGGAACAAUUGUAACAGAAGAAGGAAAGGAAAAGAAAGUUAACAUUGACUUUGAACCUUUCAAACCAAUUAAUACAUCAUUGUAUUUGUGCGACAACAAGUUUCAUACAGAGGCUCUUACAGCGUUACUUUCAGAUGACAGCAAGUUUGGUUUUAUUGUAAUAGACGGCAGUGGUGCUCUUUUUGGCACGCUCCAAGGAAACACCAGAGAAGUCCUGCACAAAUUCACUGUGGAUCUCCCAAAGAAACACGGCAGAGGAGGUCAAUCAGCCUUGCGUUUUGCCCGUUUAAGAAUGGAAAAGCGACAUAACUAUGUUCGGAAAGUAGCAGAGACUGCUGUGCAGCUGUUUAUUUCUGGAGACAAAGUGAAUGUGGCUGGUUUGGUUUUAGCUGGAUCAGCUGACUUUAAAACUGAACUAAGUCAAUCUGACAUGUUUGACCAGAGGUUGCAAUCUAAAGUUUUAAAAUUAGUUGAUAUAUCCUAUGGUGGUGAAAAUGGAUUCAACCAAGCUAUUGAAUUAUCUACUGAAGUUCUCUCCAACGUGAAGUUCAUUCAAGAGAAGAAAUUAAUAGGGCGAUACUUUGAUGAAAUUAGCCAGGACACGGGCAAGUACUGUUUUGGAGUUGAAGAUACACUAAAGGCUUUGGAAAUGGGAGCUGUAGAAAUUCUAAUAGUUUAUGAAAAUCUGGAUAUAAUGAGAUACGUUCUUCAUUGCCAAGGCACAGAAGAGGAGAAAAUUCUCUAUUUAACUCCAGAACAAGAGAAGGAUAAAUCUCACUUCACAGACAAAGAGACUGGACAGGAGCAUGAACUGAUAGAGAGCAUGCCCCUCUUGGAAUGGUUUGCUAACAACUAUAAAAAAUUUGGAGCUACACUAGAAAUUGUCACAGAUAAAUCACAAGAAGGAUCACAGUUUGUGAAAGGAUUUGGUGGAAUUGGAGGUAUCUUGCGGUACCGAGUAGAUUUCCAGGGAAUGGAAUACCAAGGAGGAGAUGAUGAAUUUUUUGACCUUGAUGACUACUAGGUAGUCGACAUGGGUCCGGCAAAAUGUGCCUCACCCUCCAGCAUUCAACCCAAGGAGCAUACCCGUGGAGGAAUCCAAACAGAUCCCUGCCUUACAAUUGGAACAUUUCCAGAACUUAAUCCGUGAGCAUUGGAUACUGAAAAGAAAAGUGAAACAAAACCAGACCCGACCCUACACUUUGGUUUGUCGUGGUGUCAGCGCAGCAGCCGACAACUAACUCCCUAAAGGCCACUUUGGACUCAUUUAAAAAGAAUCCCAGUUUUUACUUUGACUUGAUGGUAAAAUUGGUUGCUCUUGUAUUUUAUGAAAAAAAAUGAUUUUUUUAACCUUCAUACAUAGAAGCAAAAUACUUUAACUGCUGUAAACCUUCAAAGUUAGUAGAAGUGAGGUCAUACUGGUUUGUUUCUUCCUUUGAUCGGAGAAUAACUAAAUUGCUGCAUUUCGCAGUGACCCAUUUACAUGGCAUUCUCGGCUUAGACUGCACAAGAAGAAAUAUAUGUGAAAUAUUGGAA